AUGGCCACCGCACCCAUCGCCAGAGCCUCUGUCCCUCCCCGCUCUCCCCGCGACCCUCGCUCUCCAUCGCCCCCGCCAUCAGUUCCCGAUCCCGUUCCAGCUCCCCGCCACUCUCCCACCCCCGCUCCGCAAUCCCGUGCACAGUCCCUCGCUCCGACAUCCACAUCAGACGACGCCGAUAACGAGGCUGAACAGCCCGUCACCGAGCCCGCCACCGAGCCCGCCACCGAGCCCGACGCACAGAGCACCAUCGACAUCGAAACCUUCCACCAGAUCCUCGACCUCGACGAGGACGACACCCACGACUUUUCCCGCGGCAUGGCCUGGGCCUACUUCUCCCAGGCCAGCACCACCUUCACCGAGAUGGACGAGGCCUUCUCCGCCAAAGACCUCCCAAAGCUCUCCUCCCUCGGCCACUUCCUCAAGGGCUCCUCCGCCGCCCUCGGCGUCUCAAAGGUCCAAGCCUCCUGCGAGCAGAUCCAGCACUACGGCCAGCUCCGCGACGAGGAGCACGCCAUCGACCUCCAGCCCCCCGCCGCCCUCGCUCUCAUCGGCCCCCUCCUCUCCCGCGUAAAGUCAGAGUACGCCACCGCAGAGGCCUGGCUCAAAAAGUGGUACGAGGACCACGGCGGCCUCGGCGAAGAAGACGACGCGUAA